CGUCCCUGUCGUCGCUCGGUUCGUAGGUUAAAGGUUAUACACGCUGCUCCACAUGUGUUACUGUUUUGUUCAGGAACAUAGUAAUGCGUUAAAUAACCCGCAGCAACAUGGGGAAGAAUAAGAAGAAUAAAAACAACGACUCGGAAAGACAAGUGGGCAAGGCCGGACAACAUCCAAGAGACAAGAAGUUCAAACGAGAUGGUAAACCCAAGAAAGCCAAACAAGACCACCUCGAACACAUCCCCUUUAAGCUCCGUGAGAUAAUGAAGACUAAGGAGAGGAUGAAAACAGGAUCAUUGAAGGCCAAAAAGCUUAAAAAAGCCAUCUCCCCUAAAGGUAAACCAGAGGAUUCAGAGGUUGGGGACAUACCUGUGCCACAUUUCAAGAGGGGAAAGCAGGAGAGUGAGAAAGCAUACCUGCGACGCAUGGAGAAUGCGACAAAUCACGUCCUCUUCCUCACUAAGAACCAAGUAGACAGAAAGCCUGAGCUUGAUGCAGACAAACAAGAGAGGCCCGCAGAAAAGGGAAAGUCUGACAAGAAGAAGGAGUAUGAUAAACUCAGAUUACAGAAGAUACAACAGAAAAAGCUGGACAGACAAGAGGACAAGUUGGAAAAAGAGAUGUUUGUUGAUAAUGUCCCCUUUGGUGAAGUUUCAAUGGCCCCGCCAUGUUUGAGCGCCAAACCCAAAAAAGCUCCUGUCAAAUCUGAGAAGGCAUCAAAGGGGCUGCUUCUGAACUCGCUCCUGGGCCACACGGCGGUCUCCUCAGCCAAGCCGUCCAUGGCCAGACAGAGGAUAAUGGAGGAGGAGAGGGUGCGAGCAGUGGAGGCCUACCGUCUUCUUAAGAAACAGAAACAGCAGCAGCUCGAGGCCAGGGCUGCCAAUCUGGAAAAACUCAAGAACCCUCUGUGACGUUUCAAGUCAAAUAACUUCUACAGUAAGUACUGACUUCAGUCAGCAGUGAAGCUCAGAAACUGGUUGUAAAAUCACCAUCUGCAGACUGUAUGUGUUAUGUAACUCUACAACUGAUGUGCUAGUGUGGAGGCUUACUACAAUAUGAAUAACAGACUGGGGAAAGAAGCAAAUAUUUGCAUCCACUGGCCUCACAAUGAGGUUGGUAGUGCUCAACAUUUGCCUGCUCCUUUCAGUGCCACAGAUAAUAAUCAAAGAGAACAGGAUGUUCAAAUUGUUAAUGUCUGUUCAAAUGUUUUAUGCAGAAAACAAACAAACUAAAUACACAGUCAGGUGGCUUUUGUCGACUUCUCACCUUUUGUUCAGUUUUCUUUCCACAGUUUUUGUAGUUAAAUAGUUGGGUAAUCACUAUGACAUCAUUUAUGACGUAGCUGACAAUAAAAUAAUUUAGGUUCUGUCAAGAUAAAGACAAGCCUGUAAUUGUAUCCUGUUGUCCCACUAGAUGGCAGUGCUCCUGUAGAAAGCUGGUUUCAUAUUUGUGUGGAGGGCUGACAGAACAUGCUGGCUCAAUUGCUUUGGACCUCAAAAGUAAAAAAUGUAAAACUGUAUUUAUGGCUUGUGGAGAAGAUGCAGACCAGCUACAAUCCCGACCACAUGGAUAAGCAGGACCAUUUCGCUGUCCAUGCCUAUAUUCAUCUCUUUAUCAGAGGAGGCACAAAGCAAGCUUGGAGGAAUUAAUGACUGGCUGUGUUGCUCUCAGGCGUCCAGCUAGCCAAUGUACGGGAGCUGGAUGCUGGACUGGAUGACCUCCAUGCCUUCAGUGGUUUUCAGUGGGAUAUCAGGAACUGAACGAUCCUUUGUUUCACCAAAACUUGGCUAAAUCCUGGAAUACCGGACACCGUCAUUCAAGCAUUGGCAAAAGCUCAGUUAUUAUGGCAACUGAUGCUGGGAAAACGUGCUUUAUAAAACCGAAUCAGCUAAAAAUAAGUCAGACCAACUGAAAUAAGCCCAGCUUAUUUGGUAAACUUUCUCUAUGCUGAUCUGAAAGAAUCAGAGGACUACUGCAAGAAAAAGGAGCCGAUUGCAGUUCACUGGAGUUGAAGAAUUUUUAAAGAAAAUUGAUUAAUUGAUUCAAAAUAUUGUGGAAUCUUUUUAUACCAUGUGUGUUUCCCUUUUGUACCUCCCUGAGAGCCCGAACCCUGGGAUCAAUAAAUCACAUCACCCUUUUUAAAUACGGAACACUUACUAGAGCCUGGCACAGCUAUUUACAUUUGUAAUCUGUAAAAGGUUUACCCUCAUGAACAAGGCCUUUGUUUAAACACUGGCUUCUGGAACAAACUGUGCAAAUUUAGAGAUGUUUGUUUAACAUCGUCUUUCAAAGCAUCCUAGAUCUGAAAGCAAACAUUAACGCAAAUUAUAUAUAUUUUUUGCUAUUGUGAUCUACUGAAUAAUACCAGCAGAUGCUAUUAAUACUGAAUCUCUGUUGUCUGGUCUCUGAGUUCAGUCAGUUAUGUUUGAUCAGCUUUUUUCUUUUUUUGCUUUGUGUUUGUCCACUGAGGGUUGUCACAGUGACAAGGAAAUGCAUUAAGUGGGGACAGCUGUUUGUGAUUGGUAGUGCUGACUCCCUUGAGCUGAACUCAACCACCAUUGGUCAUUUACCCUCCUGUGUCCAUGUGUACAAGACAGCUUUUUGUAUCAUCAAGGGAUGAACAGUUGCUGCCUGUCAGAGAAAGACGCUGUUAUUGAUUUUAGCUCAAGUCAUUGAUCAGGAAUUAAUGUCUUAUACACUUUGAAUAAAAAAACAUGUCAGUUUAAA